UUUCUGUCUGCAAAUUUUGUCUGCUGGUCAGCUUGUUCUUGUGACUUGUCUUUUUGUUGCUUUCGUGAGACUGUGGUGUUUUUGCCCUAAUUCCUUGUUUUUUUCGGAUACUUAAUAAUUAUAUUGAUUACUUGACCUGUAAUUGAAUACCUGAUAAGCUGAACAAGCAUAUUAUUAAUUUAAGUUUUUACUUCAAAGAAACAACGACUGUGUAUAUUGAGUGACAAUAACCUUAAAACAAAUUGAAACCAAAAACCAUCUUGUUCUUUAAUAUAAAUUAUUCUAAAACAUUGAAACAUGCAUUGUAACAAAUACAAUUAAUUCCUAGGUAACAUUCAUCAAGCUUUGAAAAGAUUUUAACUGCUCUCUUAUAGACGUGACAUUAUUCUGUUGAAAUCAUGCUUGCUAGGGUUUCUUUCUAUCCUACUUUACUGUACAAUGUAGUAAUGGAAAAAGUUACUAAUAGGCAGUGGUAUGACAGAAUUGAUGAAACCGUUAUACUUGGAGCGCUUCCUUUUCGUGGAAUGACUCUGCAGCUUAUAAAAGAGGAAGGGGUCAAAGGAGUCGUUUCAAUGAACGAGGACUAUGAAUUGACAAUGUUCUCAAAUAAUGCUGAAGAAUGGAACAAACACGGCGUUGAAUUUCUACAGUUGAGUACAACAGACAUAUUUGAAACGCCCUGCCAAGAAAAACUUCAACGAGGUGUGGAUUUUAUCAGCAAAUUUUCGUCUACAAAUGAAAAUGAAAAUAAUAAUAGAGGAAGCAGCGUGUAUGUCCACUGCAAAGCUGGUAGAACAAGGAGUGCCACUUUAGUGGGAUGUUACUUAAUGAUGAAAAAUAAAUGGACUCCAGAGAAAGCAGUCGAGUUCAUGCGUCACAAGCGGCCGCACAUACUUCUUAGAUCCAAACAGUGGGAAGCUUUGGAAAUAUUUCAUAAGGAACAUGUAAAAAAUGAAACAUGACAGUAUUAACAUCGCUGUGAAAAUGAUCAUUUCCCACUGCGAUUUCCUGCUCAAAUUCGGCUCCAGUUUACUUAAUCAGAUUAGAUGAAGAAAGGCUAUUUGCCAAGACAAUCCUUACAAAUAUAAUAACAACUAGGAACCUAUUGAAGACAUGAGAAUGAAGACCUGCGAAUAUGACAUGACUUCAGCUCAUUCACCUCUUUCUUGUAAAUCUAUGUAGAAUGACUUAUACAGGAACCUGUAUGAGUAUAAUGAUUUAACGAACCUGUAGGUUCGUUAAAUUACAUACAGUAAGUUGUAUAAACACAUCCAUAAACA